UCAAGAGCGGCACGAGCGCGGGAGCCGGGCCCGUCCGCCCGCGCCGUGGGCAGCCGCCGCCCCCGCCCCCACCCGGCGCGCGGCCAGAAGAGGAGGAGAAGGAGGAAGACGAGGGCCCGGGCCUGCCCCGCUGCCUGCCGGGGCCGGGCUCCCGGGGCCGGGCUCCCGGGGCGCCGCGUCCCGCCCCCGCCCCGCCUCCUCUGCCUCCGGCGUGGGGAGCGCGGCUGAGGCGGAGAGGGGCGGCCGAGAGGCUGGUGGCUGGGCUCGGUUUUCUGCUCAGUGGGCGUCAGUUGGGCCCCGGCGGGCCCCGCCCCCGCUGCCGCUCGCCCUCCCUCCCCUUCGCCGCCCGGCCGGCCCGCAGCUGUCACUCAAGGCGGCGGGGCUGAGGCCGGCGGCGGCGGCGGGCGGAGAGAGAGGCAGCUACGCCACAGCCCAGCGGCGGCCAUUCGUGGAAAAAUAGGCCGUCCCGCUCCUCCCAGCUCCGGCUGCGACCGGCCUUCUCCCCGCUACCCCCACCCCACCCUCCGCCUCCUCCUCCUCCUUCUCCUCCCCCCUAAAGCGGCGCCUCAGCGGGGCAUUAAUGCGGGAUGAGCGAUCAAAAGAAGGAGGAAACUAUGCCCACAGAGGGAGAGAAAUCUCCCGAGGCAGAGAAUAACAACAAUAAUAAUAAAAAAGGGAAAACUGGAGGCUCACAGGAUUCUCAGCCUUCACCUCUUGCUUUGCUAGCAGCCACUUGCAGCAAAAUAGGAACUCCGGGUGAGAAUCAAGGAACUGGACAGCAGCAGAUUAUUAUAGAUCCAAAUCAAGGUUUGGUGCAGCUUCAGAAUCAGCCACAGCAGUUAGAACUGGUAACAACUCAGCUUGCUGGAAAUGCUUGGCAGCUUGUGGCUGCUGCUCCUUCUGCUUCAAAAGAAAAUAGUGUUGCUCAACAAGGAUCUUCCAUUGCCUCAAGUGCAGCAAGUCCCUCCAGCAGUAACAAUGGAAGUACAUCUCCUUCAAAAACCAAAUCAGGCAAUUCUUCUGCAACUAGCCCUGGACAAUUCCAGGUAAUUCAAGUACAAAAUCCAAGCGGUAGCGUCCAGUACCAAGUCAUCCCACAGAUUCAGACAACAGAAGGUCAACAGCUUCAGAUCAAUCCAUCUAAUACUACUGGUCUACAAGACAUACAGGGUCAAAUUCAGCUUAUUCCUGCAGGGAAUAAUCAAGCUAUCCUCACGACUGCGAAUAGGACAGCUUCAGGGAAUGUUAUUGCUCAAAACCUAGCAAAUCAGACAGUUCCAGUCCAAAUUAGGCCUGGUGUUUCCAUACCGCUGCAACUGCAAACUAUUCCUGGUACUCAGGCGCAAGUUGUAACAACGUUACCUAUAAACAUUGGUGGGGUAACCCUGGCACUGCCUGUGAUAAACAAUGUGGCAGCUGGAGGAGGUUCGGGUCAAGUUGGCCAGUCUACUGAAAGUGGAGUUUCCAAUGGAAAUCAGCUGGCGUCUACGCCUGUCACUUCUGCCUCUGGUAGUACAAUGCCAGAGUCUCCUUCCUCAUCUUCCACCUCCACAACCACUGCCUCAACGUCUCUAACUAGCAGUGACACGCUAGUAAGCUCUGCAGAAACAGGCCAGUACACAAGCACAGCAGGCAGCAGUUCGGAGCAGACAAAUGAAGAACCUCAGUCAACUGCUACAGCAGACUCUGAAGCCCAGAGCUCCAGUCAACUUCAGUCCAAUGGACUUCAGAAUGUCCAGGAUCAGUCAGGUUCCCUUCAGCAGGUCCAAAUCGUAGGUCAGCCUAUUCUGCAGCAGAUACAGAUCCAGCAGCCUCAACAGCAGAUCAUUCAGGCCAUUCCCCCGCAGUCAUUUCAGCUCCAGUCGGGGCAGACUAUACAGACCAUCCAGCAGCAGCCUUUGCAGAAUGUUCAGCUGCAGGCAGUGAGUCCAACUCAGGUGCUCAUCAGGGCUCCAACUUUAACACCUUCAGGGCAGAUCAGCUGGCAAACUGUACAGGUUCAGAAUCUGCAAAGUCUUUCAAAUCUUCAAGUUCAAAAUGCUGGGUUACCCCAACAACUAACCAUUACCCCAGUGUCUUCAAGUGGUGGCACAACCAUUGCCCAGAUUGCACCAGUGGCUGUUGCUGGUACCCCCAUCACUCUGAACGCUGCCCAGCUUGCUUCAGUACCUAAUCUUCAAACAGUAAGUGUUGCCAACCUGGGUGCUGCAGGUGUUCAAGUUCAAGGAGUUCCUGUUACCAUUACCAGUGUUGCAGGUCAACAACAAGGACAGGAUGGAGUAAAAGUACAGCAAGCCACAAUAGCUCCUGUUACUGUAGCAGUAGGUGGCAUUGCUAAUGCAGCAAUUGGUGCUGUUAGUCCUGAUCAGAUCACACAAGUGCAGCUGCAGCAAGCUCAACAAGCUUCGGACCAGGAAGUGCAACCUGGCAAGAGAUUGAGAAGAGUUGCCUGCUCAUGUCCUAAUUGCAGAGAGGGAGAAGGAAGAGGCAGCAAUGAGCCAGGAAAAAAGAAACAACAUAUCUGCCACAUCGAAGGAUGUGGAAAAGUUUAUGGCAAGACAUCUCAUCUUAGAGCACAUCUGCGCUGGCAUACUGGUGAAAGGCCAUUUGUAUGCAACUGGAUUUUUUGUGGCAAGCGAUUUACAAGGAGUGAUGAGUUACAAAGACAUAGAAGAACCCACACAGGUGAAAAGAGAUUUGAGUGCCCAGAAUGUUCUAAAAGGUUUAUGCGAAGUGACCAUCUCUCUAAACACGUCAAAACUCAUCAGAACAAGAAGGGCGGUGGAACGGCCCUUGCUAUUGUUACCUCGGGAGAACUGGACUCUUCAGUUACUGAGGUUCUUGGAUCUCCAAGAAUUGUCACUGUUGCUGCCAUUUCUCAAGAUUCAAACCCAGCAACUCCUAAUGUUUCAACAAACAUGGAAGAAUUCUGAAAGGAUCAAUUAUAUGGACGCCUAGUGCUGCACUUACGUUUACAUACCUUUCAGGAUAUGGAAGUGGGCUGGUAAAGUGGAUUACAGAGCAGGAAAUCAUGUUUUCAGUCAUGACUUCUGUAAGUGUUCCAGGUUGGAGGGUCAGCAUGGGAAGUGUACACUGGUGCAACAAGACAAAAAUUUCAAAAAUACAAACAGCGCAAAUUGAUGUACUGGAUUAACAGAUGGGGGGAUAUUAUUUCCAUACUGUACUUUUUUAGUUAUAUGUCUGUAUAUCAUGUAAUGGUUUUAAGUGAACUUCCCCCUCUAUUUUAGCAUUGUAUGUUAAUGUGUUUAUAAAAUCAGAUAAUAUCAAUGUAAAUCAGGGUGGACCUUGACUAGGAUUAAUAUCAUUUGAUGAAGGUACUUUGUUUUUGGAAGAAAUUUGUAAUAUUUUCAUGAGAACAUCCUUUCCCCAGAAGGCACAGCAAAACCGAAUACAGAUUGAAUGAUAGUGGAAAUAUUUUAGGUUUUGCUCAGUCCAUAGAACACGUCAGUUGAUUUUGGCCGUCUUUUCUCGAGUUUUGGAAUUACUUAAUUAGCAGCUGGAUGAUGCAUGCUGCAAAGUGGUUCUGAGGUUGCCCUCAGAUUAAUUUUGACCACUACAUUAUAGUAGUGUGGAUAAAUGACAAUCAGUGAGUUCUAAUUCCUCUCUCUGUUUGGAGAGCUAAGGUUAUGUAGAAUUAGUCUAUACAGUAGGAAAGAUAAACCCAUAGAAAAAUAUUAAUGUGAGGUUUUACAAAAGUAGUGGUAUCUUUAUGUAAUAUGAAAAAUGAAUCUGGCAACUUUUGUGUCAAUUUUUGGUAUUUCAUUUCAUUAUAUUUUCAACAUCCAUGGAAUUAUAGAAUCAUUUUGGUUGAAAAAGACCCUAAAGUUCAUAGAGUCUAACCACUAACCUAACUCUGGCACUGAACCAUAUCCCUAAGAACCUUGUCUAUACGUCUUUUAAGCACCUCCAGGGAUGGUGACUCCACCACUUCCCUGGGCAGUCUGUUCUAAUGCCAGACAACCCUUUCCAUGAAGGAAUUUUUCCUAAGAUCAAAUGUGAACCUUCCCUGGUGUAACUUGAGGCCAUUUCUUGUCCUAUCACUUUCUACCUGGGAGAAGAGACCAACACCCUCCAUGCUACAACCUCCUUUCAGGUAGUUGUAGACAGUGAUAAGGUCUCCCCUGGGCCUCCUUUUCUCCGGGCUAAACAGCCUCAGUUCCCUCAGCUGCUCCUCAUCAGACUUGUGCUCCAGGCCCCUCACUAGCCUCAUCACCCUCCUCUGAACUCUCUCCAGCACCUCAAUGUCUUUCUUGUAGUGAGCGGCCCAAAAUGAACACAGAAUUCCAGAUAGGGCCUCAACAGCGCCCAGUACAGGGGGACCAUCGCUUGCCUAGGCCUGCUGGUCACACUGUUUGUGACGCAUGCCAAGAUGCUGUUGGCCUUUUUAGCCACUUGGGCACACUGCUGGCUCAUGUCCAUGGUCCAUUUCUAACUCGUAGGUAACAAGAAUCAUAAGAACUCAGUCUUAGUUAUUUAAAUGUUUUAAUUUUGUUAAAAUUCAUGCAAAUUAAUCAGAUAAUUGAGUGUUGUAGCUCAUUCUCCAGUAUCUUCUCUCUGUAAAUACCAGUUAUUAUAUUGUGGUUAAUGUGUUGAGUUCUUUUUGCUUUGAUUUAAUAGCCAAAGAGAAGAAUCAAUUACCGGAUUUUAACCAAAAAAAGGUAUUACAAGUAAACAUUUUCUCUCUUUUCCCCUAAAUAUUACUGUCUUUGUUUUCUCUUCAAGGAUAAUAUGUGGGCUGGUAAUAAAUAUCUCUUAUCUAUCCAAUUCUACAUUGAGCCUCCAAAGACAAAACAAGCUGGGGUAAGAGGAAUAUAGAUAACUUUUUACUACAUGACUUUUGAUUUCAACAGUUUGGUUACAUUUUCAGCUGUGCCAGUUUAGUAGGAAUAUAGAGGAAAUGAAAAACAAUGAUAACAAAAACAAACUGCAUUUUGUUGUGAAAUCUCCAGUAUGUACAAGGAGGAAAGAUGGCCAAAUAUUUCAUACUCAGGAUUUUUAAUUACUUCCCAUAGGCAUAAAUGUAAUCUUUUACACAGAGUCAUUUGGUAAUAAUUCUCAUUACCAGUUUUUUAAAAAAUUUAUACACCAAAAUAUUUUUAUGUAACUAAAGGAAGUACAGUGCAAGAAGGAUAAGUAUGGUUUUCUUCCCUGCAAAUUACAAAAGGAAGAAUGUGUUUGGUAGCUGUUGGUUUGAGACACAUAACAGAUACCUUGUGCAUUCUCUCACAAAGCAUACACUUCUCAUCUGAAUACUUUAUCAAUCUUGUGGUGUUUUCUGUAUUUUUGAAGCAAAAGAAAUACCAAUCAUUGUUUACACUGUGUACACUUUAGGCCAGCCCUUUGUAGCAAAAUACUAAGCUGAAGGUAUUUUAUACUUUCAGUUUACAUAAAAAGCUUUGAGAUUAAAGAAAAACAAUUUUACACUGUGGUUAUAAAUUUCAAGUUUCUUAAAGCUUUUGUAGACUUGUAACAGAGUCUUUAAAUUUUAGUUGGGUUUUGUACAUUAUUUUGUAUAUUUUAUUUAAAGUACUCUUAACUGAUGUAUCUGGAUUUAAAACAUCAGAAUCAAUUAGAUGUUACAUUUAAUACAGAUGAACAUUAGGUAGUAUUAACUGUUAAUUUUAUUAUAUAGGAACUGAAACGUCAAAUAUAUAUUUUAUCAUUAUGCUUCACAAUCAGUGCUAUAAAUUUCUUUAUGCAAAGAAGAAACUUUCCUAAUGUUAAUACCAUGUUUCCUAGAAGCUAACAAUUUUUGUAAACUGAAGUUACGAGCAUUCUGCACAGCCAUUUCAUGUAUAAUUUCUUCAUGCAUACUUUCGUAUGCAGAUAGGAACCGAAGUAAUUUUUAAUCUGCAAUGAAUCCCUAUUAUAGAUGUAUCAAAAUCUAAAUCUGGUUGGCUUCAUAGCGUCUCAAGUACAUUAACUUGUGUUAGCAGGUGCGCAUUUUACCGCUGGAAUUAGAAACAUUUUGCCAGUCUGUUCUGCAUACCAUUCGGAAUCCACUUUUCUGUCUUAAAAGGAUCGUAAAUUCCAAUGUCCUUUAUUUGACUCAGUGGGAUAUAGCUGUUGUAAGUAAUAGGGCACAGAUGUGCAGUAGUAUCUUGUUUAAUGGCAUUUCACUGUUCAUUCCCUUUGCCACCAUUAAAAAUUUUGCUUUCUUGUAAUUAUCAGUGCAAAGUGUAUUUACCAUGGUAGAACUCCAGUGUUAGAAUAGUUUUUUUCUUACAAUAUACUUUCUUUGGUUAGGUUUGUGUAUGUGUUGCCGAUUACGUUAGAAAUUGGUGUUAAGUCAUUAUUUAUCACAUUCUUUCACGAGAGCAGUAAUAAAAGUGUGUAAUCUAGGAGAAAAAGUUAAUUUGUCCAAGUUAGGUAAGCAUGAUGUUUAGGUCCUAUUUUUCAAUUUUAUAACUGUUUUAUUGCAACAAUAUUUGUAUUUAAGUCUUCAUUUUAAUGCCUUGUGGUGUUUUUUUAUGCAUGUCACUGAAUUGUCAUCCCGCAAGAAUUGAUGUGCAGCAUAGGGUAUUAAAUCUACAUAAUGAUUUUGAAACAGAAAAAUAGUUGAUGGUAAAAAUGUAAAUGUUUUGCAAAAAUUCCUUAUAAAAAAGUUUUGUAGUAAUAUUUCACUUGUAAAUUUUUCUAAAAAAAUGGAAAAGGAAAAAAAUGAGAGUAAUGUUUCCCCACAUCUAGAACUUAGAAAUUAAUUCUGCCAGCAGAGCCUGUAAGGCAUUAAUUUGACACUUUUACAAUGCUGAUUUGUAUAAUUUUUGGUGGGUUUGGAACUAAAAUCAUGUACAAGUUGUUGCCUGCAAUAACAUUUUGCAAGUAACCUAUUAAAAUUCCCUUGAGUUUAAAA